AAUUAGAGAUAUAUAAAAUAUAAAAGAAGCUGAAAGAGUGGGUCUAGGAAUGGAAAGAGGAAGAGUUAGAGCGAGGAUAUGGGCGAUAAAUGAGAGAAAAAAGAAUAUAUAUUCAUAUAUAGUAAGCUAAAGAUUUGCAUUGAAUUUUGAAAAACAAAUUAUAUAUAACAUAUAAUUUUUAUUGAUAUGAUCUGAUCUGUCUCUUAGACAAAGUAGGCUUUUUAAUAGAGAGAAUCUGAAACCUCUUAGAUAUAGUGAUCUUUCUCUUUCCUCUCUCUUUUCAAGCUAUAUAUAAAUAUUAGCUUAAAACUUGGCUAAUGGCUAGGCUUAGGGAUUUGUUUGAUCUCUUGACUUCCAAUAUCUGCGAGAUUUGGGGGUUGCUGGGAUUUGUUACCAUAUCUGAUAUCUUUUUAAAGAUUUGGGUGUUUUCUCUUAACUUAAAAACUUCAAUUUUUUGAGGUUUUUUUUUUUUUAUGGAAGUUAGUGAAAACAAUGGCACCAGAAGAUCAAACCCAUAGAUGUAGCAACAACAGUAACACCAGCGGUGGAAACAACAAUAUUAUUGGUAAGUCUUCUAAGAAGCAAAGGCCUAAAAAAGUACCCCAAAGAGGGCUCGGUGUGGCACAGCUUGAAAAGAUACGAUUAGAAGAACAACAAAAGAAAGAUCCAGGAGCAUCUUUGAUUUUGCCACUAAUCCCAAGUUUCCAUCCCCCAAAUUACCCUUCUUCUUCUUCUUCCUCAUCUUCUUCUUCAAUUGCUGAUGUUUCACCCCCUCCGACUUCGUUCUUUAGGCCUCAAAACAUUGAUGGAAACACUAGUGCUGCUGUUCCAUUGACAAGUAAUGUUAAUGGACAUAAGUUUUGGGGUUCUUGUUGUGAGUUCAACAUUGAAAAAGGGUGUCCUGGAUUGGAUCCUGGUUGGAUUUUUAGGACCAAUUUGAGUUUGCCUUAUGAAUCUGAACCUGUUUGGUCUUUGCCUAGUUUGAUGCAAAGGGGACAACCUUUUCACCAACAUCAACCUCCUCCUUCAAUGAUGAAUUUGUCAUCAAGAACUUCAUCAUCAACAUCUGUAAUGAAUAUUCAGACGGAGCCCCCUUCAAACCAAAAGUACUACAGGCCUUUAUUGCCUGAAGAGGAGAAGUUGAUUGGCAUGAAGAGACCAUAUCCUUUCUCACUAGACAAUGCUCCAGGCCCCCCUCUUCACACCAAAUAUCCUCCCAUUGUUCAUUCCAUCUAUGGACAAAUUGAAACUACACCAAGUACCAAAGAUACCACAUUCAAUUUCGAACCCGACGCCUCGAAUUUCAGUUCCAAGGAAGGGCCUUCGUGUUCGACCUCGAACGGCGUUUUCACCCGAGAUUUCCUCACAUUAGGCCCUCCUGCAACUACAUCAAUAUGUUCAACGUCAAAAUCCAAGCACCCUCCAUCAAAUCCGAUCUCUUAUGAGUUGCCGGACCUCGACUCAUUAGUUUACCAUCAAGCAAGCUUUGGAGAUUCAAUUAUGAAGCAAGGUGGUGGCGGGUUCACUCAACAUCGACCUUACUAUAGCUUCUUUCCACCGGCAAUGGCGCAAAUUGAGGGUGCAAAUACAGUAACAAUGGCUAAUUGUAAAAGUGGAGAAGUUGCUGGACAUGUUGAUCUCAAUUUAAAGCUAUAAUAUAGAUUAUACAUUUAAAAGAAAUAAUCCCAUUUUUUUUUUUUAUGAAGAACACAUUAAGAAUCUCAUUUUUCCUUCUAGUUGAGCAGAGCAUUACCCUUUGUAUGACUGAGCCCUCGAUGGAAUGAUAAAAAAUUUGGGUUUAAUAUUCA